AUGUCUUGUAUGAUUCCACUUAUUCUUGGUAGUUCAUUGAUAUUUGCUAAGGUCAUUACUAGAGAAACAAAAGAACAAUUAAGUACAUAUGCAAUAGCUGGACAAAUCGCUCAAGAGGUAUUUAGUUCAUUAAGAACUGUUCUCUCAUUCAAUGGAAGCAAAUUGCAACAAAAGCAAUAUGAAAAAGAAUUAAAAUUAAAUGAAUGGUAUACUAUUCGCAAAGAUGCUGCCUUUGGUACUUUUACGGGUUGGUUGAAUUUUAUAAACUUCGUAGUUUAUUCAAUUGGUUUCACUUUUGGUUCGAUUCUUAUGUCUCAUGGAAAUCAUCGUACACUGACCAUUAGUGAAAUUCUUGUUGUUGUGAGUAUGUUUGCACAAGCUUUAGGUUUCCUUACUUCAAUUGGAACUUUCUUUCAAUCAAUUUCGGAAGCUCAAGGUGCAGCAGUAUCCGUAUUUCGACUUAUAGAAGAGGUACAUGAUGAAAAUAUCAAUGAAAAAGAAAUAUUGGAAGAAAACAUAUCUGAUGAAAGAUCUAUUUCUAAUAUUAAUGGUGAUAUUGAAUUUGACAAUGUUAGUUUUAGUUAUCCAUCAAGAGAAAAUGCAACAGCUUUGAAUAAUCUUAAAUUGAUUGCUCGUGCUAAUCAAACAACUGCUCUUGUAGGUUCAAGUGGUUGUGGAAAAAGUACAUGUGUAUCACUUCUUCUUCGCUAUUAUGAACCUUCUUCAGGUAGAAUUAUGAUUGAUGGUCAAUCAAUUACAGAUCAUAAAAUCAAACAAUUUCGUCAGAAUAUUGGAGUUGUUAGUCAAGAACCUAUUUUAUUUGGACUAAGUAUUUAUGAAAAUAUUCGUUUUGGUAAAAUGAAUGCAACACAUGCAGAGAUUGAACAAGCAGCAGAACAAGCCAAUGCACAUAAAUUCAUUAUGAAAUUACCAAAUAAAUAUGAAACACUUGUUGGUGAACGUGGUAUACAAUUGAGUGGUGGUGAAAAACAACGUAUUGCAUUAGCUCGUGCACUUGUCAAACAACCCAGUAUUCUUUUAUUAGACGAAGCAACAAGUGCACUUGAUAAUGUUAGUGAAAAAAUUGUUCAAGAAGCACUUGAUCGAGCAUGCAAAAAUCGUACAACUAUAGUUAUUGCUCAUCGUUUAACUACAAUUCAGAAUGCUGAUUAUAUCUAUGUAUUAGAUAAAGGAAGUGUGAUUGAAGAAGGUACACAUGAAACAUUAUUGGCAAAAGAAGGAGGUAAAUAUCAAACAAUGGUCAAAAUGCAACAAUCUGAAAAAACGAUUGGUACACAAGAUGGCUUAAUGAAUAUGGCAAAAGCAGCAGCUGAAGAUGAAGAACAACUAUUCGAACGUGUUCGUCAAUUGAGUGAGAGCGAAGCAAUUGAUACAAAUCGGAGAGCUUCGAUGUCAGCAAAAGGAAAAUCUGUCUUUCUAAGACUCAUGAAGAUGAAUAGUCCUGAGUGGGUAUUUAUCUUGAUUGGUUGUUUAGCAUGUUUACUUGGUGGUUUACGUGGACCAACGUUCUCGAUUCUAUUCGCAAAAAUAAUUAAUGUAAGUAAUUUUAUUCAUAUGAAUACUGAAUUUAAUGAUUGUAAAUAUAGUGAUGUACGUCGUCGAGUGAUGAUUACAUGCGGUUUAUUUCUUCUUACUGGCGCUGUUUUUAUGAUUGUUAAUUUUUUUCAAGUAACUAUAUUAUUUCUAAACUAUAUCAAUGAGUUUUUUCAUGUUCGUUUACAGUUUGUGGCUUUUGGAGUAGCAGGAGCGAAAUUAGUUAGUCGCAUUCGUUCAAAGGCUUUCGCAUGUUUUCUUCGUCAAGAAGUCGCUUAUUUUGAUCGACCUGAAAACAGUUCUGGUGCUAUAUGUACUCAACUCUCUUCUAAUGCAGCUGCCAUUGAAGACAUGGCUGGUUCAAGAUUAGGUGUUAUCUGUCAAGCUUUAUCCAUGUGUGCUUUUGGCUCCUUACUUGGUUUUUAUUACAACUGGCAAUUAACAAUAAUCGUAGCUAUUCCUUUCGUUAUCAUGUUAAUCGUUACUGUUAUUCAAAUGCGGUUGGGUUCAUGGUUAAAAACACAAUCUGAUCUCAUUAGCUCUCAAGCUAGCACGCUUGCUGUUGAAGUUAUAACUAAUAUGCGUACAGUAAAACAAUUAUCAAUGGAAAAUGAAGUUUUACGACAAUAUUCGAAUAUGGUUCAUCAAGUAUUAGAAUUGUCUUGGAAACCUGAAGCAGUGUUUGCAAUAGCAUUUGCAUUGUUCUGGGCAAUGAGUCCAUUGACUUUGGGACUUUUGUAUUGGCGUGCUUUGAUUUCUGUUGAAAACAAUGAACUAGAUAUGGGCGAUGUUGUUAUGGUUUCUGCUUUUGGAAUGUUUGCAUUGGAAGCACUAAAAAUGGUUGGAAUGUUAGCAAGACGUAUUGGUGCAUCAUUUGCUGCGGCUCAUGCAUUUUUUGAUCUAUUUGAUCGAACACCGACUAUUGAUAAUGGAUCUAAUAAAGGACAAGAAUUAACUAAUUUUAGUGGAGAAACAGACUUUAAUCAAGUUAAAUUUGUUUAUCCAAGUCGUCCAACAGUUCUUGUUCUUAAUAAACUUCAAUUAUCUAUUAAAUCAGGUCAACGUAUAGCUCUUGUUGGUGUAUCUGGAUGUGGAAAAUCAACAAUCGUUCAGUUAUUAGAACGAUUUUAUGAUGUUACACAUGGAGAAUUGCUUCUUGAUGGUGUUGAUAUUCGAAAAUUAAAUCUUCAAUGGCUUCGUUCUCGUCUGGGUGUUGUUAGUCAAGAACCAGUUUUAUUUGAUUUAACAAUUGCUGAAAAUAUAUCAUAUGGAUUAGAAAAUAUACCAAUGGAUGAGAUUGUUCAUGCUGCAACUAAAGCUAAUAUUCAUGAAUUUAUUCAACAAUUACCUCAAGGUUAUGAGACAAAGGUUGGAGUCAAAGGUAGUUUUUUAUCAGGUGGUGAAAAACAACGUAUUGCUAUUGCUCGAGUUCUUAUUCGUCGACCUAAAAUAUUAUUAUUAGAUGAAGCUACAAGUGCCAUGGAUCCACACAAUGAAAAGAUAGUACAAGUAACUCUUGAACAAGCACAAACAGAAGAUCCUAGUCGAACGUCAAUUAUUAUUGCACAUCGUCUUUCAACAAUACAAUCAUGUGAUUUAAUAUGUGUACUUGAAAUGGGUCGUAUAGUUGAAAGUGGUACUCACACAGAACUAGUACAAAAAGGUGGAAUUUAUUAUAAAAUGUUAAAUGCUCAAAACAACGGACACUAA